UUCCUCUUUCCGGUUUCCCUGACUUCCGUUUUUUUCUAUGCUGUGUUAUGUUUGUUCGCGUAGUACUCCUUACAGGCCGUUUGGUGUACGUUUUUUUUUGUUGAUAUUUCGCUCCAUAGUAUGACAGGUUUGAAUGGACAGAGGUUUGAAGAAUGUCAUCAUUAACGACCACUCUCAUAUAAUCGCAAAUUUACGGCGUCACUGAUGUUCUUCUACCCACUAUUGCCCAUAUUUUGGGCUGUUUCUGCAAAGGCAGAUUUCUUUCAAUUUGACAGUAUUUCUAAUGUAUCUACGUACUAUUUCAAUUAUAUUUAUUGUAAUAUAUGGGAAGGGGAGUGUCAACAGAAUCAAGAUGAUGCGACUCAGCAAGUACCUACUAGGGACCUAUGGGCAGCAUUCCCUCAAGACUAUAUCAGUUUGCUGUCACAGUGGUAUUGCAGCCUGGGACAGUGCUGUGAAUCAGGGGAUUGUCGGAUAACAAAUAAUAUUACAGGUCUGGCUAGUGAUCUACAGCUAAAGCUUCAUGGGCAGCACCUUGCCCAAUCAGUGGUUCUGAAGGCUGUGCAGGGCUUCAUCAGUAACCCUGAAUCCAAUAAGCCAUUGACCCUCUCCUUCCAUGGCUGCUCCGGCACGGGCAAGAACUUUGUGACCCGGAUUGUAGCUGACAACUUGUACCGGGACGGGGUGAAGAGCGAGUGUGUGCGUCUGUUCAUCGCUCCAUUCCAUUUCCCCCAUGCCAGACUAGUGGACACGUACAAGGGCCAGCUCAGAGAAGCUAUCCGGGACAUGGUGCUGCGUUGCCCACAGACACUUUUCAUCUUUGAUGAGGCUGAGAAACUGUACCCCGGCCUUAUAGAUGCUAUCAAGCCCUAUAUGGACCAUUAUGACAAUGUGGAUGGGGUCAGCUAUAGGAGGGCUGUCUUCUUUUUCCUCAGUAAUAUAGGUGGGACCACCGUCAACGAUGUGGCCUUGGACUUCUGGCACUCAGGGCAAAACAGAGAGGACAUUGGGAUGGAGGACUUGGAACACCGGCUACGUGCUGAAGCUAUGGAUUCUCAAGGAGGCUUUGCACAGAGUGAACUGAUGUCAGGUCACCUUAUUGACUUCUUUGUGCCCUUCCUACCUCUGGAGUACCGUCAUGUCAAGCUCUGUGCCCGUGAUGCCUAUGCAGCGCGGGGUCUGGAGCCAGACGAGGGAACGCUGGACGAAGUGGCGAAGGCCAUGCUAUAUACACCCAAGGAGGAGAGGCUGUUCUCUGCCCAAGGCUGCAAAUCCAUACCACAGAGGAUCAAUUUCUUCCUACCCUAAACAGACCAAUGCAACCCAGGAAACACAUGAACAGUGUUUUGGCAAAAAGGAAAAAGUAUGUCCUGCUGACAUAUUGAACAUUUCUGCAAUGGCACAUGUCAAUCGAACAUGUGGUAUGCCCACUCUUCACCCUACACUGCCAAGAAAGGAAGCAUAGAGCAUCUGGCUAUAGUAAGAUUCAAUCUGAUAACGAAGAGAUUUUAGAGUGCAUUUUCAACUUCCUCAUUAGACAAUUUUUAUGCAAUUAUUUUACGUGAAGCUCAGGUCAACUCUAGUAUUAUUAUUUGCAUGUACAGUACCAGUCAAAUGUUUGGACACCUACUCAUUCAAGGGUUUUUCUUUAUUUGUACUUUUUUCUACAUAAUAGAAUACAUAUAAUAUAUGUAGAAUAAUAGUGAAGACAUCAAAAUUAUGAAAUAACAUAUGGAAUCAUGUAGUAAGCCAAAGUGUUUAAAAUCAAAUUAUAUUUGAUUCUUCAAAGUAGCCACCCUUUGCCUUGAUGACAGCUUUGCACACUCUUGCAAUUCUCUCAACCAGCUUCAUGAGGUAGUCACCUGGAAUGCAUUUUAAUUAACAGGUGUGCCUUAAGUUAAUUUGUGGAAUGUUUUCCCUUAAUGCGUUUGAGCCAACCAGUUGUGUUGUGACAUGGUAGGGGUGGUAUACAGAAGAUGACCUUAUUUGGUAAAAGACCAUGUUCAUAUUAUGGCAAGAACAGAUCAAAUAAGAAAAGAGGAAUGACAGUCCAUCAUUACUUUAAGACAUGAAGGUCAGUCAAUCUGGAAAAUUUCAAGAACUUUGAACGUUUAUUCAAGUGCAGUUUCAAAAACCAUUCGGUGUUAUGAUGAAACUGGCUCUCAUGAGGACUGCCACAGGAAAGGAAGACCCAGAGCUACCUCUGAAGAGGAUAAGUUCAUUAGCGCUAUCAAGAUGGCGCCGACAGAGGGUUAUCUCACCUCUAGUCCUUAGGAAAGAAUAUAGUAUUUUGGGUUUUUUUUCUCGUUUUUUUAUUUUUAUGUUGUUAUGCCAGAAAAUCUUUAGUGUUAUUACAUACAGCCGGGAAGAAAUAGAGGAUAUCAGAGCGACGGCAACUUACCAACAUUACGUCCAGGAAUAUGACUUUCUCGAAGCGGAUCCUUUGUUUGCACUGCAACCCAGGGCGUUGGAUCUCAUUCCAGAGGCCGACCUAAAGCAACGUCUCCGCAGAAGAGGUAGACGGAGCAGCCUCCUGGUCAGACUUUGGAGGCUUGCACACCACCCACCGCUUCCGAUUAUAUUACUCGCCAAUGUCCAGUCUCUAGAUAACAAGGAAGAUUAAAUUUGGCAAGGGUUGCUUUCCAGAGAGACAUCAGGGAUUGUAGCGGUCUGUUUCACGGAAACAUGGCUCUCUCGGGAUAUGUUGUCGGAGUCGGUACAGCCACCAGGAUUCUUUAGGAGUCGCGGCAACAGAAAUAAACAUCUCUUUGAAGAAGGGCAGGGGUGUAUGCUUCAUGAUUAAUGACUCGUAGUAUAAUCGUAACAACAUACAGGAACUCAAGUCCUUUUGUUUACCUAACCUAGAAUUCCUCACAAUCAAAUGCCAACCAUAUUAUCUCCCAACAGAAUUCUUGUCCGUUAUUGUCACAGCUGUGUAUAUCACCGCUCAAGCCGAUAUCACGACGGCCCUCAAGGAACUUCACUGGACUCUAUGCAAACUGGAAACCAUAUCCUGAGGCUGCAUUUAUUGUAGCUGGGGAUAACAAAGCAAAUUUGAGAACAAGGCUACCUAAGUUCUAUUAGCAUAUUGAUUGUAGCACUCGUGCCGUCAAUACACUGGAUCACUGCUUCUCCAACUUCCACGAUGCAUACAAGGCCCUCCCCCACCCCCCCUUUGGCAAAUCUGACCACAACUCCAUCUUUCUCCUCCCGUCCUAUACGCAGAAACUCAAACAGGAUGUACCCGUGACUAGAACUAUUCAACGCUGGUCUGACCAAUUGGAAUCCAUGCUUCAAGAUUGUUUUGAUCACACCGACUGGGAAAUGAUCCGGGCAGCCUCGGAGAAUAAUAUUGAUUUAUACGCUGAUUCGGUGAGUGAGUUUAUAAUGAAGUGUAUUGGAGAUGUUGUACCCACUGUGACUAUUAAAACCUACCUUAAUCAGAAACCGUGGAUAGAUGGUGGCAUUCGCGCCGCAAACCACCGCAUUUAACCAUAGAAAGAUGACUGGGAAUAUGGCCGAAUACAAACAGUGUAGUUAUUCCCUCUGCAAGGCAAUCAAACGAGCAAAAUGUCGUUAUAGGGACAAAGUGGAGUUGCAAUUCAACGGCUCAUACGUGAGACGUGUGUGGCAGGGUAUACAGACAAUCACGGACUACAAAAUGAAAACCUGCCACGUCACGGACACCUACGUCUUGCUUCCAGACAAACUAAACACUUUUACCUGCUUUGAGGAUAAUAAUAGUGCCAACGAUGCAGCCCGCUACCAAGGACUGUGGGCCCCCCCUCUCCUUCUCGGUGGCCGAUGUAAGACAUUUAAACGUGUUAACCCUCGCAAGGCUGCAGGCCCAGACGGCAUCCCUAGCCGUGUCCUCAGAGCAUGGUGCAGACCAACUGGCUGGUGUGUUUACGGACAUUCAAUCUCUCCCUAUCCCCGUCUGCUGUCCCCACAUGCGAGAUGGCCACCAUUGUUCCUGUACCCAAGAAUGCUAAGGUAACACAACUAAAUUACUAUCUCCCCAUAGCACUCACUUCUGUCAUCAUGAAGUGCUUUGAGAGACGAGUCAAGGAUCAUAUCACCUCUACCUUACCUGCCACCCAGGACCCACUUUAAUUUGCUUACUGCCCCAAUAGGUCCACAGAUGAUGCAAUUGCCAUCACACUGCCCUAUCCCAUCUGGACUAGAGGAAUACCUAUGUAAGAAUGUUGUUCAUUGACUACAGCUCAGCAUUCAACAACAUAGUACCCUCCAAGCUCAUUGUUAAGCUUGAGGCCCUGGGUCUCAACCCCGCCCUGUGCAAUUGGGUCCUGGACUUCCUGACGGGCCGCCCCCAGGUGGUGAAGGGAGGAAACAACAUCUGCUCUUCCUCAACACUGGGGCCCCACAAGGGUGCGUGCUCAGCCCCCUCCUGUACUCCCUGUUCACCCAUGCCUGCGUGGCCAUGCACACUUCCAACUCAAUCAUCAAGUUUGCAGACGACACAACAGUAGUGGGUUUGAUUGCCGACAACAACGAGAAAGCCUACAGGGAGGACGUGAGGGCACUCAGAGUGUGGUGUCCGUAAAACAACCUCUCACUCAACGUCAACAAAACAAAGUUAAUGUUCGUAGACUUCAGUAACUAGCAGUGGGUGCACCCCCCUAUCCACAUCGACGAGACAGCAGUGGAGACGGUGCGUUCCUUUGCGUACACAUUACGGACAAACUGAAAUGGUCCACCCACACACACAGUGUGGCGAAGACAGCACCUAUUCAACCUCAGGAGGCUAAAGAAAUUUGGUUUGUCACCUAUAACCCUCACAAACUUUUACAGAUGCACAAUUGAGAGCAUCCUGUCUGGCUGUAUCACUGCCUGGUACGAAAACUGCACCGCCCACAACUGCAGGGGUCUCCAGAGAGUGGUGCGGUCUGCCCAACGCAUCACCAGGGGCAAACUACCUGCCCUCCAACUACAGCACCUGAUGUCACAGGAGGGCCAAAAAGAUCAUCGAGGAUAACAACCAUCUGGGCCACUGCCUGUUCACCCCGCUACCAUCCAGAAGGUGAGGUCAGUACAGGUGCAUCAAAGCUGUGACCGAGAGACUGAAAAACAGCUUCUAUCUCAGGGCCAUCAGACUGUUAAAUAGCCAUCACUAACACAGAGAGGCUGCUGCCUACAUACAGACUUGAAAUCCCUGGCCACAUUAAUAAAUGGAUCACUAGUCACUUUAAUAAUGGCACUUCAAUAAUGUUUACAUAUCUUGCAUUACUCAUCUCAUAUGUAUAUACUGUAAUUUAUACCAUCUACUGCAUCUUGCCUAUGCUGCUCGGUCAUCGCUCAUAUAUAUAUUUAUUGUUAUUCCAUCCCUUUACUUAGAUUUGUGUGUAUUAGGUAGUUGUGGUGGAAUUGUUAGUUUACUUGUUAUAUAUAUUACUGCACUGUCGGAACUAGAAACACAAGCAUUUCACUACACUCGCAAAAACAUCUGCUAACCAUGUGUAUGUGACCAAUAAAACUUUAUUUGAUGUAGAGUUAACUGCACCUCAGAUUGCAGCACAAAUAAAUGCUUUACAGAGUUCAAGUAACAGACACAUCUCAACAUCAACUGUUCAAAGGCGACUGUGUGAAUCAGAACUUCAUGGUCGAAUUGCUGCAAAGACACCACCUCUAAAGGACACCUUGGCUUGGGCCAAGAAACACGAGCAAUGUACAUUAGACUGGUGGCAAUCUGUCCUUUGGUCUGAUGAGUCCAAAUUUGUGUCUUUGUGAGAUGCAGAGUAGGUGAACGGAGGAUCUCCUCGUGUGGUUCCCACCGUGAAGCAUAGAGGAGGAGGUGUGAUGAUGACACUGUCAGUCAUUUAUUUAGAAUUCAAGGCACACUUAACCAGCAUGGCUACCACAGCCUUCUGCAGCGAAAUGCCAUCCCAUCUGGUUUGCGCUUAGUGGGACUAUCAUUUGUUUUUCAACAGGACAAUGACCCAACACCUCCAGGCUGUGUAAGGGCUAUUUGACCAAGAAGGAGAGUGAUGGAGUGAUCUCCUCGUGUGGUUCCCACCGUGAAGCAUGGAGGAGGAGGUGUGAUGGUGUGAGGAUGCUUUGGCCUCCACAAUCACCCAACCUCAACCCAAAUGAGAUGGUUUGGGAUGAGUUGGACCGCAGACUGAAGGAAAAGCAGCCAACAAGUGCUCAGCAUAUGUGGGAACUCCUUCAAGAGUGUUGGAUAAUCUUUCCAGGUGUAGCUGGUUGAGAGAAUUCAAGAGUGUGCAAAUCUGUCAAGGCAAAGGGUGGCUACUUUGAAGAAUCUCAAAUAUAAAAUAUAUUUUUAUUUGUUUAACACUUUUUGGUUACUACAUGAUUCCGUAUGUGUUAUUUCAUAGUUUUGAUGUCUUCCCUAUUAUUCUUCAAUGUAGGAAAUAGUCAGAAUAAAGAAAAACUCCUGAAUUAGUCGGUGUGUCACCUUUUAAGUGGUACUGUAUAUCCUUUUGUUUUGUUGGCACUGAUGAUAUAUUACAACUAUUUGCUUAAGCAGUGGUAGGCACGUUCAAUGCAAAGGAAGAAAUACUGUAAAUUGCAGCAAACUAGACUAAAUAUAAUUCAAUUAACUUUUGAAGGGCAUGUUAAUGAUUAUUCUAGAAUUGUAUAUAGAUUACUUGUUUUACAGGUUGAUUAAAUAUUCACAGGUUAA